CGACAGUGGCACAACACUGACAUUGAACAGUUGCCAUUAUGCGGUACAUGUGCCAUUUUCUUUGAUCACGAGUUUUUAUGGCAGUCUAAACAAUUACAAAUCGCAUCUCUCCUGCAAAUGGACGGUGAUGGAGGUUUGGGUGGAGGUGAGCUCCAAUGGGCGGAUUGGUUGGCCAUUGCCAUCAUGCUUGCCAUCUCAGCUGGCAUCGGUGUUUAUUAUCGAUUCAGUGGAGGCAGGCAGAAGACCGCUGAGGAGUACUUUGCUGCUGACAGAUCCACUGGAUCAUCCAUGAUAGCCAUUGCCAUGAUGGUUGCAUGCUUCUCUGCUAUAUCCAUACUCGGUUGGACCUCCGAAAUUUACAGCAAUGGAGCCAUUUUUUUUGUCCUCAUUUCUGGGGUUGUCACUGCAACACCAGUUAUCGCUUAUUUUUAUCUUCCGGUUUUCUAUGAACUCCAGACUCUCAGUGUUUUUGAGUACUUGGAUAGACGAUUUGGCUCGACAGCGAGGCUCACUGCCAGCAUAGCAUAUUUUAUUCAAUACAUCCUGUUCAAUGGUGUUGUCAUAUACGCUCCAUCACUGGCGUUGGAAGCCACGACGGGACUUAAUGGAACAAUGAGCAUUCUCCUAAUAGGUAUCAUCUGCACCUUCUAUUCGACCAUUGGCGGCAUCAAAGCUGUCAUCGUCACUGACCUUCUGCAGGCCGCCCUCAUGUUCGCAUGUGUCUACUGCGUCAUCGGAGUUGCUGCCACUGAACUCGAGGGGGGACUCUGGAGGGUGUGGGCCACAGCCCAAGAAGGGGGACGAAUCAAUUUUAAUCAUUUCGAAUGGGAUCCAACGGUCAGGCACAGCUGGUUGUCAUUGAUAUUCGGUGGAAUGUUCUGGUUUCUCAUUGUACUUGCAACCAGUCAAGUUCAAGUGCAGCGUAUGCUCACUGCCAAAUCACUGGGUGCCGCUCGCAAAGCCCUGUGUCUCAACGUCAUUCUGUCAAUCUCCCUGAUAUCUGUAGUAGUAUUCUCAGGACUCGUUCUCUACGCCUAUUACAAGGACUGCGAUCCAGUAACAGCUGGUAAAAUAAAAUCCUACGAUAUGAUAAUGCCAUAUUUUGCGAAGGACCGGAUGACAAGGAUCCCCGGACUUACUGGCCUCUUCAUAUCAGGAAUAUUCAGCGCAAGUUUGAGCACCGUAUCCGCUAUGCUUAAUUCACUGGCUGCGAUGGCACUCGCGGAUUAUCUGAAUCCCCUAUUUCGCAGGUGUGGCGCCGAGCUGGAUGACACUAAAGCAGCGACUUAUGGCAAGAUAAUGGCAGUUCUGACUGGGAUAGCCAGUUUAGGGAUUGCCUUUUUGGCGUCGACAAUGGGAUCUUUGAUUCAGACAGUCGUUGCCAUUCAUGGAGCACUCGGUGGUCCACUUCUUGGGCUCUUCACCCUGGGGAUGUUCUUUGAAUCUGCUAAUGAAACUGGAGCUAUUAUCGGCGUCGUCAUGGCACUCGUCGCCAGUGUCUUCACAGCUUUUGCAACUAAACCACCGACACCGGUUUUACCCAUGUCCAUUGCCAAAUGCGUCAAUGCAACUUUAAUCACAACAGCACAAUCUCCAACAUCCGAUCCAUCCGAAUUCUUCUACAUGAAUCGUUUGUCCUACCUCUGGUAUCCGAUUCUCGGCUGGAACAUGGCAGUCACUUUUGGAUCAAUCGCUAGCUUCAUUGUUUCAAAAGUCUCAAAGGUAUCCCCACCAAUUCUGGAUCCAAGUCUUUUCACACCGAUCCUUGCAGCGAGGAUACGCCGAAGAAGGGAGAGAGAGGCUGCCGAAGGAAGUCAAGUAUUCGUCCUCGACACCAAGAGCUUCGACAGGGAAGCAAUAUAACCGCUUCCUCAAAAUAUUUGUAUUAAACGAUCUUUUCAGAGCAAUAUACCGAGAAUUUUUAUG